AUGUUUCGCGCCACGUCCCGUCUGCUCGCUUGCCGCAUCACCUUCUUCACGCGAACGCCAUGCGGCCUCUGCGACACAGCGAAAGCCGUUGUGCACAACGUCAGGGCGAAGAGACCUUUCGAGUACGAAGAAAUCAAUGUCAUGGAUUCCGGUCAAGAGAAGUGGAAGAGCUUGUACGAAUUCGAUACCCCGGUGAUCCACAUCGAUAAGGCCGAAGCUAAGGAGACGACUGCAUCAUCGCUGAAGCUCAUGCACCGCUUCAAGGAAGAAGAGGUGACAAGAGCUAUGGAUGAAGCAGAGAAAUCGUAA